UUUGGAAUUCUGCCCUUCUUUUCUUGUCUGUAACGAUUGUAGUCCUUACAAGUUUAACUGAAUAAUGGACAUUCCUUAUUCUUUGAAUCGCUACGUGAGUCUGUUGAUUUUAAAGAAAUAUACUUAAGAUUAUCACUUGUUAAAUAAUGCCAAAGUGUCCAUGUACAAUGGCAAUAUGCAGUUCCAGCUGUGUCUAAUUCCACCUUUCCCUUGUUCCCUGUUACUAUGUUAAAACAGAGUUUCAUUUUACUGAGAAAUAUUAAAUCCAUUGGGAAAGGGAAACAGAAACUUACAAAUCAUGGCAAUAAGGAUACAGUAUGCUAUUAUUUCUGUAAUAUCUUCUAGGAGCCAUCACUGAUAGCAGCUUAUGAUUGUUAUUGUGAUUAAAACAAACGUGUAACAGCUUGCUGACAUUCUUUAUAAGGUAUGUAACAUACAAUAUGUAUACAAGCUAAAAGAGUAUGUAUGGAAUGAUGUUUGUUUGCACUGACUGUGUGUGUCUUGUGUUCUGGUCCUGCUUGAAGAUCAGACUGCUUUCACUUCCUUUUUAUAGUGAACAGAAGACAUUUACUGAAUGUAUGUAAAACAUCAUACACACCGUUAGUUAAGAUGGGUGGAUAUGAGGUGACAAAGGUUUCAGAAUUGAGCCUGAACCCAGCAACAGUGCACAUUGUUAACUGAGACGUGCUUUAAUCUGUCUAAAUAUGAAAUGCAUCAUUGGUACAAGUUAUAGGAGAGAUGGAUACUCUUACAAACAAAAGGGCUGUGUAAGGUUAAGUCUGUAUUGACGUGACCACAGAUUUGUUGAAACCUGAUUUGACAGAUACUGAAACUAUCCAGAUAUAGAAUGUGUCUUCGUCACAAAGCCAAAAAACACAAAAAAAAAGUCUGACAACCUCAGACAGGUUGUGAUGUUUUGUCAUUCUAGCACUACAUUUUCAAAUUUAUGCAAUGGGUUGAUGUAAAAGCCUUUCUGAGGCAGUGCUGUAAAAAUGUAAGAUCUUCACUGUGAUCUACCUAUAUAUUUUUUUCAAAAUUGUUAUUUUGUAUAUAUUGUAAAUCUAUGGAUAUUUUUUCAAAAUUAAACACUGAAAUCAAAAUAAUUUGUGUUUUAAUGUGUUUCCUAACUUUUUUUUUUUUUUUUUUUGAACUUUGUCAUAGAAUUGUCACUUUGUCUGAUUGAUAUGCAGUAAAUUCACUUAGGGGCUUUCAAUGGACUCUUUUUAAAAUGAGAGCCCAUGAAUAACAAUUACUCAUGCAAAACUGUUAAACUCUUUUUAGUGUGGUCUCUGGAAAGCCCAGAGAAUUUGGGUGAAUUUCCCAGAGAUUAAACACAAACAAAGGCAUCCCGAUGUAAAAAAACAAAACGUGUGUGUGCUCUAUAAAACGUAGCUGUGUGAAACAUGAUCAGUCGAACAGUCUGUUUAAGACAUACCAUGGAGGGGUGUAAGAUAGAUGUAAGAUCUUAAAUAGUAAAAUGGGACAGAUGUAUUGACCCCAGCUGUAUUAUGGGUACAUCAGAUGUUUGACAUAUUUGAAAAGCAGAACUGAAAAGAGGAAGAGUAACUAGAGGCUCUGGUGGCUUUAAAUACUACACUUGCUUGUGACUGAUUUGCAGAAAAGGAAAGGCACGCCAGACCUCUGCUGUUACCAUGUACUCAUCAUGUAGAUCUACGUUUGAAGAGGUCCAUGAAUUGUCCUCUCCGUACACAUCUUUACAUGACAGUUAUGUUCCCAAAAAGCGGGGCUUGAGUGGACUUAAAACAUUACUGUUGGCCACAGGAUGUUUGAUUAUCCUAGGGGGCCUCCUCGCCAUUGCUUUGCUAGAGGAGAUGAAAAAUGAGGAAAAGAUUAACAAUGCUGUGAUUCAGAACACCACGCAUCAGCCAGAGCCACAUGCUGAACAAUGUGAUCAUGUUAAAGAAUGCAGGAUUGUUCUGGUUGAGAGUAUUCCUUUAUGGAUGGACUAUGGAACCAAUGCCACUUUUGGAGUACCACUGUACAAGGCAUGGAAAGACCUUCUGUCUAUAGCGACCGAGCAAAUCGAUAUAGCAUCAUUCUAUUGGUCUCUUACUGCUGAGGACAUCGGUGUCAAGUCCUCCACUGACCAGUUUGGUAGAGACCUACUGGAACAAUUAAAAGCUCUGCCGAAAAGAAACGUGUCUGUGAGAGCUGUGAGCAGCAUCCCUUCUGUGGCGACCAAUUCGACAGACCUGGAUGUGCUGAGAGAAAAUGGAGUGCAGGUCAGACGUAUUAACUUUGGCAAAUUGACUCGAGGAAUUCUUCACAGUAAGUUCUGGAUUGUGGACAGGAGACAUAUCUACAUCGGCAGUGCCAACAUGGACUGGAGAGCAUUAACACAGGUGAAGGAGCUUGGAGUCGUGAUUUACAACUGCACCAGUCUGGCCACAGACCUCCAUAAGAUCUACCAAUCCUACUGGGUUAUGGGUCACAAAAAUGCUACGAUCCCAGUUCCCUGGCCCUCUUCUUACGACACAUCCAUUAAUAAAGACCAGCCUCUUCGUGUGAACCUUAGCGAUGUGCCCAGUAGAGUUUACAUUGCGAAUUCCCCUCCUGCCUUCUGUCCGGACUCGCGCACCAAAGACCUGGAUGCAGUUUUGUCCGUGGUCAGCCAGGCAGAGCAGUUCAUUCAUGUGGCAGUUAUGGAAUAUUUUCCUGCCUCCAAGUUUUACUACAAUCACAGGUACUGGCCAGUUAUUGAAAAUGCACUAAUACGGUCAGUGUUUGAGAGGAACGUUACAGUGCGUCUCCUGAUCAGCUGUGGCCGUGACAGUGACUCCUCCGUACUCCCCUUCCUCAAGUCCCUCAAUGCCCUCAAUUCAGCACCUGACAACAUCAGGAUAGAAGUGAGACUCUACAUUGUUCCAGUGGGUAACGAGACUAACAUUCCCUAUACAAGAGUAAAUCACAACAAAUAUAUGGUUACAGAUAACGUGGCAUACAUAGGUACCUCUAACUGGUCUGCUGACUACUUCAACACCACUGCUGGUGUCGGGUUGGUGGUUUCCCAAGAUGUUUUGCAUUCUCCCUCACCUGGAGACACGUUACUGGGGCAGCUGAGUGCUGUGUUUGACCGAGACUGGGGCUCCAAAUUUGCAGUGCCACUAGAAAAACUGGGCCACAACCCUGACUGUGCUUUUUCUAAAGCAUAAAUGGACAGUAUCAAUUCACACAGUAUAAAGAGGUUUUAUUACACAAGCUGAAAUGAAAUGUAAUGCAAAAUUGAAAUGCUGCACAUUAUAUAAUGCUUGUCCAUGAGUUACAUGCUAUGGGGUAAUUAACUUUCUGUGAUCAGCAUUAUAAUAACAGUCCUUUUCACUCUAGUAAGAAAGGAUGGGGAGAGAACUGACACACAGUUAAGCAUCAAAGUGAACAGGCUUAAUAGCAGCCUGGAUUGAACAAAGCAAUAGACAUUUAUAGAGAAAAGAAAAUAAAUGAAGAUUGCGAUACAUGUAACCUGGAAAAUAAUAAAUAUCACUGCUGUCAAAAUUUAAAACCAGUGGUUCUCAAAGUGGGGUCCGUGAAGCAGAGUCAGGGGGACUGUGAUUUUUUUUUUUUUUUUUUUUUUUUUUUUUUUUAUAAAAUAUAGUGGUAGAAAUCAAACCCCACCAUUAUCAAAGCUGCUGUAGUAUUUAUUAUUCAGUUCUUAUAUUCAUCUAUUUGACUAGUCACUUGUCGUCUUGGACUUAAUAUGCUCUGUCUGUAAAAAGAUCAUCUAUUAAAAAACAAAACAAAACCAAAAAAAACUCAGUGCCUCCAAUAAUUAGCCAGAAUAUUACUGUUUCAUUCAUUCAUCUCCUGUAAGCACUUUGUGGAUCCGGCACCCGGGAACACUUAGCACAAAGUUCUCUCUCUCUCUCUUUCUCUCUCUCUAUCACACUCUCUCACUCACUCAUUCACUCACUCUCUUUCUCACUCAUUCACUCUCUUUCUCACUCAUUCACUCACUCUCCUUCUCACUCACUCAUUCACUCUCUCUCCUCUCUCUCACUCACUCACUCACUCAUUCACUCUCUCUCCUCUCUCUCACUCACUCACUCAUUCACUCUCUUUCUCACUCACUCAUUCACUCUCUCUCUUUCUCACUCAUUCACUCUCUCUCUUUCUCACUCAUUCACUCUCUCUCUUUCUCACUCAUUCACUCACUCUCUUUCUCACUCACUCGUUCACUCUCUGUUUCCUCUCUC